ACACUAAGAAGCAGAGGGAGUUCUUUGAAAGGAGAAAAAUGCAAAAGAAGCUAAUAAAGUCGGGGGUAGCUCUGCCAUCAUCCCCCGGAGGCACUAGCACUGGUUCUGGCAGCCUGGACCUGGUCACUCUGUUUAUUGUCAACCAGAUUGCUGCUAAAAAAGAAAAUAAAGAUCUUCCUAAAGUGGCAGUCCUCUCCAGCGGCAGGAGAGGAUCCAGAAAGCAAAAUAAUCCCCUGGUUCUCCCGAUGAGCCCCUGCUCUCCAUCACAGCUCAGUCUGGUUGAGAGCCAGUCGCAGUGCAGUGGUCAAGGAACAAGAAAGAAAAGUCAUGCUAUUCCACAAAUCUUCAAGUGUCGGCAGUUGUCACCAGUGCUGGAGUCAGUUUUCUCAGACAACAGUGCAUCUGACUACCGGCAGAACGUGACCAACCCCCUCAGCCCCUUCUCCUCCACUUCAUCAGCCUCUUCAGGCCAAGGCCAAAUCCCACUGCUCUCCUCAGGAAUGUUCCAGCUGAAGCUGAACCUGCGGCAAAGAGGUCAAACACGGACACAGCCACCUCCAGCCUGGAACAACUCCGGCCUGGAGCAGAUCAAGUUUCAGCCUUUCUCCCAGCCCAGAGGUAUGACGGAAAACAUGCCCUGGUCCUGUGGAUCAAACCCUCCCCUCUACCAACUGGAGACACCCACAGCAGCACGGGUCCUGUAUGGAAGUCCAGAACCAGAAAUCACAGAGGUAAGCGGGCGUUCAAGACAUGAGGUCAGCUUCUACCUCAACAACCAACCAGAGGACAAGGAGCCCAUGAUAAACUUCAUACUGAACCAGUCAGAGUGCGAGCAGCAGUUUGAGGAGGACAUCUUCAGGGGUUUCAGUAACGAAGACAACGAAAAAGACGCCUUUCAUAUUGGGAGCUUAAAAUCAAAGAUCCAUCUCAAAAAUGAAACACCAGUCAAAUCCUCAGCACCACAAACUGUACCAGAUUCACAGUGCAUGGAAAUGGAGCUCUCCAACUGCGGUGACACAAACCUUUCAUGUCCUGGACACAGUGACUCCAUGAAUAACUGUGGAUAUUCACCAAGUUUCUCUUGUACAGGAUGUUACCUCAGUUCAGACUCUAAUGAUGACGAAGAUUACUGCCCACCAUGUCUCCAGCCUUCUGCUUCUUCAUAUGUUGAACGAGCCUGCUGUGUAGAUAGUUCAAACCAGGGCUUACAGGUUAAACCGAAACAAAGUCACUCUCGGCCCAGGCCUCUCACUCCCCUCAUAAAACCCAAAACAAACAUCAGAGUUGAUGAAAAAGGAAUGGAGAUAUUGUCUUACCCAGACAAAUCCUCAGGAAGUAACGGGCGACAGAGAAAAAACAUGACGGCUCAAGCUGCAUCUUCUCACCCUCUGGUUCAGCCUCUGAACACAGAGCUUUGCAAGUGCCAAAAGCCAUCCAACAAAACUCGAGAUGCAGGAACUCAAACUGUCGCCAUCCCCACUGCAGAGAUGUGCGAUGCCUCCACUCAGUACAUCUUCACUGCAGACGGUGAGUCCAGACAUUCUGUGUUUCACAUGCACCUUCCACCUGUCAGCCUGACGAUGCAACAUGCAGCCACAGGGAGGCAGACGGACACCGCUGCUCAGACGAACACACACUCAGCUUCAACAGCGAAUGGAGGGAAGAAUACGCCCUGGAGCAAGAAGAAACCCAAGGCUGAUUCUCUACCACGCGACAAUGGCAAAAUAUUCCUAAAGAUACCCAUCAACUGCUUUCCAGAUGCUACAAGUGUGACUGCUACCAGAGGUGAAGAGAGUGAAGAGGGCAGAAAUGAGAUAGGGCGACAGGAAACUGGCCCUGUGAUGACAGACCUCUCGGAGAGCAUGAGAGAAGAGGUCACAUGUGCCACCGCAGAGGAGACUGGAGCUCCUUAGGAAAUUGCAGAUAUUUUGCUCUUGCUUAAGGAGAGGAAGACUUAGGAGGGGUGACAUAGAUGGACGAACAGAAUCUGGAUGGAAGGAGGCAAGAAUUUAAAAGUAUGCCUGUUCUGUGCAUGUGUUUUUUAGAUUUCAAAGUAUUUAUUCAAAAAUGUGUUUUAAGGUGUAAAGCCACAUAUAGUAUUCAGUGUUUGUUCAGAGACAGUGAAAUA